UUGUCACAACAGGCAGCAUGCAACAUCUCAGGCCACGCCCCCUCGUCUCUGCUGCUGCGUGUUUAUCUCGCAGAUCGCGCUUGUUUCACUUCACCCGGGCAGCAGCGCGGGCGGUGCUUACGUCCGCAUGACGCGUUUCCGCCCGGACGAGGCGCCCCUCACGCACGUAUCUCACUCCCCUACUCCAGCACGCGCAUUUACGCUCGCCUCUGACACCAAAUCCGGGCUCGCGCACGGAAUCCAUUUCCCCUCCGGUAGCAGCGAGUGCCCGCAUCGAGCCGCCCCGCUCCCCGUCACUCGUUCACACAGCCAGGCAGCAGGACAGUAAUGGCGGAUUCAUGCAGCAGCGCAGCGCUCGGGCCCGCGGGCUCCAGCAGCGCGGCGGCUGCCGGGGCGGCGGGCUCCUCGGCGGCGGCCCCGCAGGACGGAGCUCCUCCAGCCGCCGCGGUGGCCAAGGUCCCCGCGGAGUCCGUGAAGGGCCAGAUCUUCGACGUGGGCCCGCGGUACACCAGCCUGUCCUACAUCGGGGAGGGCGCGUACGGGAUGGUGUGCUCUGCGAUGGACAACGUUUCAAGCUCACGCGUGGCCAUCAAGAAAAUCAGCCCCUUUGAGCACCAGACGUAUUGCCAGCGCACACUGAGGGAAAUCAAGAUCCUGCUGCGUUUCCACCAUGAGAAUAUCAUCGGCAUCAACGACAUUCUCCGGGCACGGCACCUUGACAACAUGAGGGAUGUCUACAUCGUGCAGACGCUGAUGGAGACGGACCUGUACAAGCUGCUGAAGACCCAGAGGCUGAGCAACGACCACGUCUGCUACUUCCUCUACCAGAUCCUGAGAGGCCUCAAGUACAUUCACUCUGCCAACGUGUUGCACCGUGACCUCAAGCCCUCCAACCUGCUCAUCAACACCACCUGCGACCUCAAGAUCUGUGACUUCGGCCUGGCGCGGAUAGCCGACCCUGAGCACGACCACACAGGUUUCUUGACCGAGUACGUGGCUACGCGUUGGUACAGGGCUCCAGAAAUCAUGCUCAACUCAAAGGGCUACUCCAAGUCCAUUGACAUCUGGUCAGUGGGCUGCAUCCUGGCUGAGAUGUUGUCCAACAGGCCCAUCUUCCCCGGGAAACACUACUUGGACCAGCUCAACCACAUACUGGGCGUCCUUGGCUCUCCGUCUCAAGACGACCUGAACUGCAUCAUCAACAUGAAGGCGAGGAACUACCUGCAGUCCCUGCCUCAUAAACCCAGAAUCCCCUGGGAAAAACUGUACAAUGCAGACUCAAAAGCUCUGGACCUGCUGGGUCGCAUGUUGACCUUUAACCCCGUGAAGCGCAUCAGCGUGGAGGAGGCCCUGGCUCAUCCUUACCUGGAGCAGUACUACGACCCCUCCGAUGAGCCCGUAGCAGAGGAGCCCUUCACUUUCACCAUGGAGCUGGACGACCUUCCCAAAGAGAAGCUGAAGGAGCUGAUCUACGAGGAAACCGCUCGUUUCCAGGAAACCUACCAGGGCUCCUGAGACACACUGCCCUAAAGAGUGACAAAGCCACACAGAGGCUCGGAACAAGAAGACCCCGAACGACAUGCUUAAACGAAAAAAAAAAAAAAAAGCGCAUCUUCAAGACACCAACAAAAAAAGAGAAAACAAGAAAUUAACAUUUAACUGCUUAUCUUUCCAUUUCUACUGCAAGAGAGCUAAGUUUUAACUUUUUGGAUUUCUGUGGUUGGGUGGGGGGGGGUUAGGGUCUGUCGUACAUUUACUGUUUCAGUUUUGUCCAUGUUGGACUCGCCCUCCUCUCGCCUCACGUUUUGUUUUCCCGCCUCAUCCUGUCCCGUCUCCAGUCCCUCUCCUGAUCAAACCUUUCUCUCUCUGCACAUGUCGCUGAUCGUUCAGUCUGAGCUCUCUCUCAUAUAAACUACUGUAUUAACCAACACCAUAACUCUCUUGUCUUGCUCCAUGUGAAAUUACAACCUGGAAAAAUCGAGGGCUAAAAGAACGGGGAUGAUAAUCGGGUGUGUGUAUAUACAAAUAUAUAAAAAGCUUUUUUUUUUUUUUUUUUUUUUUUUUUUUUAAAGUGUGCUCGUCGCAGUUUUUGUUUGUACACCGUUGUUCGAGUGUUUUCAGAUCAGUAUCUAUGUUUUGGGGUUUAUAUUUGCAAGUCAUUUUUUUGAUGAUUUUGAGACGAAAUAUUCAAUGUUUUUACUGGCAUGUUGGCAGGUUUAUAGAUUAUGUCGUCGCUCUUUUUUCUUUUUUUUUCAAAAAAAAAAACAACAAAAAAACUAAGAUCAUAUGAAUGCAUGCAUUCCUGAAAUCAACCAAAGU